CACUCAUGGACUCACUUGCGGUCACUUCUGGGAAUUGCACUUGUCUUGUUGAGACUGGAAGAUCUGGACUAUUAGUAUUUGACUCAGAAAGCUCCUGAUGAGUUAACCCGGAAUGGAAACAUAAAGAAUUACUGCAGACGUGAGCCAGUUUUUUCCUAGAAUAAUGGAUAAGCCCCAUGAUCCAGAUGUCAACUUCAAGCUGGAUAAGGGCACAGCUGAACCUGAACCCAGCACCCAUACGAGAGGACAGUGGUCUAGCAAAAUUGAGUUCCUCUUGGCUGUUGCUGGACAGAUCAUAGGGCUGGGAAAUGUGUGGCGGUUUCCUUACCUAUGCUACAAAAAUGGAGGAGGGGUGUUCUUUAUCCCGUACAUACUCUUCCUCUUCGCCUGCGGCAUACCCUUGUUUCUGCUGGAGACGUCUCUUGGCCAGUACACGAAGCAGGGAGGGAUUACCUGCUGGAAGAAAAUUUGCCCCCUUUUUGAAGGCCUUGGUUAUUGCAGUGAAGUGGUUGUUUUAUACUCCAGUAUUUAUUACAUUAUCAUAUUAGCCUGGGCAUUCCUAUAUCUCUUCUCCUCUUUCAAUUCUGAGCUUCCCUGGGCAAGCUGCAAAAACAGCUGGAACACUGAAACCUGUGUGGAAUUUGACGGAAAGGCUGAUUAUUUCAACAUGACUGUAUAUGAAAAUGCAACUUCACCAGUGAGAGAGUUUUGGGAGCGGAGAGUUUUGAAUAUAACUGGAAACAUCAAUGAGUUGGGCAAUAUUCGAUGGGAGUUGGCUUUGUGCCUUUUGUUGUCCUGGAUCAUCUGUUACUUUUGCGUGUGGAAAGGUGUCAAGUCUACUGGGAAGGUAGUUUAUUUCACUGCCACAUUUCCAUAUGUGAUGCUGGUGGUGUUGCUUGUUCGUGGGCUCACGUUGCCUGGGGCCAUAGAUGGGAUCAAGUUUUACCUGUACCCAGAUCCAUCCCGUCUCGCUGACCCCCAGGUGUGGAUGGAUGCUGGCACACAAAUAUUUUAUUCCUAUGCUAUUUGCAUUGGGUGUCUAAUUGCUCUUGGCAGCUAUAAUAAGUACAACAAUGACUGCUACAAGGAUUGUGUGUAUUUGUGCCUUCUGAACAGUGGGACCAGCUUUGUUGCUGGCUUUGCCAUAUUCUCUGCACUUGGAUUCAUGGCAUAUGAGCAGAACACAGAUAUAUCCAAAGUGGCAGAGUCAGGUCCUGGCUUGGCAUUCAUUGCCUAUCCUCGAGCCGUCGCCAUGAUGCCUUUUCCUCAGAUCUGGGCAGUAUUUUUUUUCGUUAUGAUCAUCUUGCUGGGGCUGGACAGUGAGUUUGUGGGUCUGGAAGCUCUCACAACAGCCAUUUCCGACAUGAAUCCAGCCUUCUUCCAUGUCGGCCACCGACGUAAACUCUUGCUGCUUGCUGUCAGUGUUGUCAGUUUCUUCAUCGGCCUUGUGAUGGUUACAGAGGGUGGACUAUACAUCUUCCAGGUGUUUGACUACUAUGCCUGCAGUGGAAUGACUUUACUUCUCAUUGCCAUACUGCAGUCUGUAGGUGUUGGAUGGGUAUAUGGUGCAGACCGAUUUUAUGACAACUUAGAGGACAUGAUUGGAUACAAGCCUUUACCCCUAAUAAAGUACUGUUUGAAAUAUGUCACUCCAGUAAUUUGCACGGGAACAUUUAUUUUCUCCUUGGUCAAAUACACUCCACUGAAGUUCAACAACACACUAGAGUAUCCAUGGUGGGGUUAUGCUCUAGGCUGGUGGUUUACACUCUCCUCUACACUCAUGGUUCCCUUCUGGAUGCUGUACAAUAUGAGCAUCACUCCUGGUACACUGCGACAGAGGUUCUCCAUCUUAUGUACUCCAGCCGAAGACCUCCCUCUGACCAAAUCAGAGAAAAAGGCUCUUGAACUGCUUGACUUGCCAUCAUCCUUCGAUAACACAGUGUUCUAGAAUAAACAUGAAAAGUGAAGCAAACUCAGAUGCAUUUAACAAUUAACACAGUUAUAAGGAAAAUCUAACAUUAAAUCCAGUGGCUCAACCCUCUGUAGCGCUGCAUCAUUCCAGUCUGUUCGGAAUUUAACCCCUUAAAACACUGAUAUUUAUUUUGUGUCCCCAUCUAACUGGCUAGAUAAACCAGUGAGAUUGAUUCAACCAAAAACUACAACCUGAAUGAAUUCACACAAACAAGAGGUGAUUGUAAAAAACUGCGUAAAGACAGUCUGAGCACAAAUGUGUAGUUUCCCUGAGUUCGGGAUGGCAUCUUCAUCAUCUGAUUUACAGUCCAAAACCAGAAGAGGAAACCACAGAAACGUCAGAAAUAAGAAUAUGGAACCAGAGAGGAUGUGGAGUUUUGCUUAAAGAAAACGGUUUAGGCCAUGAUUUCAUUUUCUAUAUUAUUGCUUCUGACGAUUGUCUUGUUCAUGUUUGUUCUGAUAACCCAUCUCCACAGCAAGGACUAGUUCUGAAAUUUCCCUCGUGGCCAUUUGCACUGAGCAUAUUAUUUGACAUAUUAAAUUGCUUUAAAUUUUAAAUUACAUUUUAAAGUUCAUUGGUAAGAAGCAUAUUUUUUUCAGGCUUACCCUCAUCUGAGUAUAUUGAACUAUCUGCUUUUUCUGUGUCUGAUUACAAAGCUCUUUUUUAAACCCCAGCUAUUCGUACAUCUUUAUGAUACUAGCACUGUUGUUAAUCAUAAUUUAUAUCAGAGCUAUUAGUGGAAUACUUAACAUGAUAUUCAUGUGAUGAAUCGCUGGGAAAUUUGUCAUGUGGUGAAAAAUUUUAUGUACCUUUAGCAUACGGUACACUGUUUCUGAUGCCAUAGUUAGAGAAGGGAGAGAAGUUGAUGCCUGAUUAGUUCUGUCACAUUAAAAUGUUGCAUUUACAAUCAUGAAAAAAAAAUAAUGGUGUAUUUAUUAUGAAAAUCCUUCUUCUUUUAAAUAAAAGGCAGCACAGGGUAUUUACACCUACACAAACGUGCCUCAUGUUUAAAUCAAAGUCUUUUUGGGACUAUUGCCUGUUAUGGUUUCAAGCAACACCAUUUUGCAAACACUCAUCCUUUUGUAAUGAGCACUUAUUAAGAAGAGACAGUGAAAUGAAAGGUUUUUGUAUACCAAGUGUUUUUGUCUCUUACAUUGUAUUAUUACAUUUUGUGGUCAAGGCCUCAGGCUGUAGAACUCUUUGGAGUAAAAUAAUACUGACAGUUACUUGGCAAACCCUUACAGAUCUAACACCUUAGUUACUUUAAGGCCAGUAUGAAUUAUACAGAUGGUAUAAAUUGUAACUAAAAAACAAUGACAGAAGGGAGUUUGUCAGGCAAUAAGCAUCCAAUCAAUUGAAACCCUGAACACUGUGUUUAUCUGAGCCAUCUGGCUGUCCCAAUACAGAAGUGUUUGUGACCUCUACAAAGUACUGAUACUGUAAAUAUUGUAUAUGGGUUUUUCAUGUAGGCAGUAAAUGCAGCAUUACGAUAACUGCGUUGUGUAUUAUAAACCUGUUAGAACCAAGGAAAACUCGAUAUGGUAAUAAUAAUAUUGAUAUAAAAGGCGUUUUUCUGCUGUAUUCUCAACUUUCUUUCUUUUCAGAAACCUUCCUUAUCAAGUGUCCAAGUUAAUAUUUUUAAUAUUUUGUAUCAUAUGUCAUUGACAGUUGUGGCAACAUUUUUAUGUAUAACAUGUGGAGUGUGAUCUAAAAGUUCUGGGAACUGGCCUUUAAAAAUCAAAGCAGUGGCGACCCUGAAUGGUGAUCCUAAGGAUUGGUCAGAGGCCAGCUUGAAAUCUUUUAUGUUGUUGUUUUUUUCUUUGUUGUUGUUUUUAUUGUUUUUUCUUUCUUUAAAAAGAAGGUUCUCUGAACUUUUGAAUCACACCUCUGCACUGUACAAAUUUUGUAAUAACACAUUUUUUCAUGUGAGAAAUCAUAUUCACAUUUACACUGUAAUUUUUUUUAUAAUCCACUGUUGCCACUAGAUACAACAGGAACAAAAAGGUUUGCUUUUUUUUUUUUUUUUUUUUGAAGUGUUGGUAUGAUGAACUGAAUCAUAGCUUUGGUUUGUAAAUGUUAAUUGAAUGAUUUUAUUAAACAAUGUGCCAUUCUUUAAAUCUGAUCUAUAAUGAGAUAAUCAUAUGUUAAUAUGAUAAAUAUUAUUUAUGUAUUUCCUCAUGUCUUCCUAUUACUAUUUGGUUAAACUGACAUGAGAAUCAUUCCUUAGGAUUUACUGCAGCAAUGAUCAAUGAGGUGACUGUGGUAAAAUUAUCAUCUACAGACAGACUUAAUAAAAUGUAUAAAAUCUUAAUAGAUUCACAACUGUUUUGCUUUUUGAUUGACACUACACAGAUCCAGAGGAGAGUCUGAAAAAGUAAAAAUGGCAGUUUUUCUGUGUCCUUGAAUGACAUGAGAACAUUUUAAUUUUCUGCUAAUGCUUUUAAGAAAACAAGGUUACCUUUAAUUCUUCACCUGAAUUGUUCAGUCUUGCAGAUAUGUAAUGAUAGAUUUAUUUUAUACAUCUCUUUUCUUUUCUCUUUAAACAUUCCUUUUUUCAUUUUGAACAUGUAAAGGACAUCCACUUUUUCAUCCACGCUGUCUAAAAUCUGACGUCAUACUUGACCUUGGAACCAGGAACAGUGUCAUUACAUCAUCCAUUUAAUAGCUUUCUAAUAUCACUGUAUCACAUGAACCCUCCUUCAUUGUUUUUUAACCCAAGAUGCAUGAAUUAACCUAAGAAAAACCUUUAAAAACAAAAACUGUUUACUAAAUAGACCUUUUUUAUAAGAGGAGAAAAAUGCAAUGAGUUAUCAAAUCUAACACCCAGUUUAAUCAAGUUCAUUUUUUAUGUCCUGCAGAUUGACCUUUUUUUCAGCUGAUGCCAUGGAGACAGUAAAACACUACUGCAAACAUCUUUGUGUUCAUCUUAUCCUUUUAAUGUUCAUGCAUGCACCAGUAAAGCUGUGGUCAUGGUAAUUCUGAAUUUCUUUCCUUUAAGUGGUGCCUAAUUUUAAAUGCAAUGUUUCACACAGCUCGAUAAAUGUCACUACAGUCUGUGUACUAACUAAAGGUAGAGUUUAUGUAGUUUCCAGAGAGGCAAAACAAAGCUUAAAUUGUGAUAAGUUCACUCAAAGGCGAUAGAAAAAGAUGUAAGUCGAGAUGUCGAGAAAUUAUUUUAAAAGGCAAGGAUGAAGCAUUCGUAAAACUGGAAAUUUAAAGAUUGCGUGUAAUGUACUUUAUGUUUUUUACCUGAACAGUUGAUGUGUUUCUAAAGUAGGUUGUUUCCCAAUGACAUAAUGUCUGAGAGCAAGGUAAAUUGUGGUACUUUUAUGUUUUUCAAAGGUUAUGUGGGACAGUGAACAUGGGGUACUUUGUAGUAUUGUGGUACAGUUCCAGGUGAUGGAUGCUGGAGUAAGGCCAGACUGUGAUUUCCAUGGUCACUACCAGGUUAAGACUUGGAUAACAGCAGAGAUAUAAGAGAGAGACACAGCACUGAAUAAUUAUUAAUUAUAAAUUAUGGGAUAAUUUUGAAUCAGUAAGGAUAGUGUUAGAAAUGUAUCACUAUAUUUGUAUUAGAAUUGGCUAGAUAUUUUGUAUACACAGUUUUUAUGAUACAGUACUACUGGAAUGAAAUUUCCUUUAGACAACUGCCCCAGAAAGUACCUGUAUACAGUAGAUUAUAGCACAGCUGCUGAGCUACAGGACUUGCUUCUACAGUAGAAGAGCUUUAGGUGGAGUCAUCAGUUUGAAUUUACCACUCUUUAGUAACGCUAAAGCCAAAUUUACCCUUUAUACUGCUCUUAUCAGUACCACCUAGGGGUUGGUCAGGAGUUCUAAUGGCUCACAUAUUAUCUGCCUAUAUACUGUAGUCUGCAGUUGGCUGAAAGAGUGGUAACCUUCAGAACUAACACAGGUUAGCUGGCCACAGCCACAAAGAAAAACAAAUCUACGGGAGCUUCUAUCACAAAGGAUUACUGUCCCACUUUAGUGCCUGGACACCAUUAUUGAAUAUAUUCAAUAUAAAACAGCUUUUUCCUUUUUUUUUAUCUGUACAGAGCUCAGACUGUGUGAAAACUGGACCCGAAUUACCCGAACAGGUAGAUGAUGAAACGUGUUAAAAGCCAGGUGUGUAAUUAAAGUUGCUAAGACUUUUUUUCAAGCCAUAUAAUAAACUGGUGACCCUCAUUCAGAGGGCCCACCUGUGACACACAAUGAUAUAAGCUUAAGAAAAUGGUUGGCUAGAUGGAUCUUUUUCAAAGACUUAUUCUAAAUUUCAAAUAUAAAAAUACAUACAUUAUGUUGAAUCUAUGGCAUGAAGAAUUAAGGCUGUUCUGGAGGCAAAAGUGGGUGUAACCCCAUACUUGGAGGUGUACCUAAUGGGCUGGCCGGUAAGUGUAAGUGCAAGUGUAGAAAACUUAGCAUCUGAUUAAUAGUGUCUCAACAAAAAAUGUUUCCCUAUUUAUCAAUGUGCUCUUUAAAAAUAUAAUUGGAUCAUAAAAUAGUGGCCUAGAAGAUGAUCUGUCUAUUUGAAUACAACAGUUUAAUUAAUUUAUUUAUUUAUUUGUUUGGUUUUAGAGUGUAUAUAUAUAUAUAUAUAUAUAUAUGUAUAUAUAUAUAUAUAUGAAGAACACAUGAACAAAGGUACCAUAUGUAUUUUGCGGGGGGUUUGUGUGAAAAUAUAUCAUAUGUCUACAUGGCAACGAUCAUCCAAAUAUAUAUGAACAUAUUUUAUGUCAUAUCUCUAAUCUCACAUUAGCCAUGCCACUGUUUUUCCACUUGUAGGCCAAAAAUUCUCCAGCACUUCCAAGUUCUACAGAGCUUUCAGAUGUAGCUGAAAGUGUGGUGAAAUAGUACGUACAUUACGAUGUACAAUUUAUAAAAGCUAGAAAAAAGUACUACUAAUCAACACUGCACAAACUGUUUAAAUGUUUAGAGCCAGCAGUAGUUGAAAACAUUUAGCAACAAUCUGCUUACAAACCACACAACAAUAAUAUAGACUAGCACACACACGCACACACACACAAGUAAUUGUUUUACACAACAUAUUUAAGACAGCUAAGGUUUUCAUUCUGAACCAGCCAAUGUUUAUAAAACAUUUCAAUAUUAUUGUCCAGACUCUGUCCAGAUAUUUUAUGAAAAGAAAACAGUGUUGGUUUUACAGUUUCCAAAGUGGACAGUUGUCUGAUACACAUUCACACUCUCGAGAUAAAGAAAAACCUGUUUCCAGACUGCACCGACAUAGUUGAUCACAUUAUAAAACAUACGUUUUUAUGAGGUGAAAAAGACUGCAAAAUUAAUGCUUUAUGUAUUUACCUUCUAAAUUAUGAUUUUAUGUACUCUAAAAGUUAUGCCUUUAGCCUGAUAAGACUAAACAGGUCAGGAAAUAUGAUGAAUGCACCAGAAGAAGAAAGACUGACUCCUUAUACACUAAAUUCAACUCAAGCUCAGUAGGAGAAAUAUUCAAUUUUAUAUAGAGUAUGAUUAUUUUGCCUUUAAUGUUUUUACAGCUGCCAUCAGUUUAACAGACUUAAAUUGUGAAGUUCUCCCUGUCAUCUUUUUUUUUACUUGAUCAAUUACAAUACCAAACUGGCUUUUUACAAAAUAAAGUGUCGUUAUUGACUCAUGUCUUUAACCGUUAGGAUAUAAAAGAGUACCUCACAACAGGAAUAAAUUAUUUUAGUGCAUGACCACUUUCAGAUGCAUCUUAGAAAAAUAAAUAAUUCUUGCUCAAAACACAAAAGCUAAAUUUGAAUUUUAUAUGUAAAAAUAGGCACUCCAUGCCAAAGUCUUGCAGGUGUUGAUAAAGACCAGAACUAAUUUGGCUUCACAGGAAGCAGAAGUUACACGCAAUAACCAAAUACAGUAAAUUUUACAUUUCAGAAAAGCAACUAGGAUUUUCUUCAGCUUAUUUUAUUUAUGACAGUAUUAAGUUUUGGCCAAAGCAAAAAUACUGAAUUUAUUGUUUUUGUUUGUUUGUUUGUUUUUUACUCACCAUACUAACAGGACUUGUUACACCAAAAGUACAUAUUGCACAUAUAAAAUUAGCAAAGUUCAAGUCUGAAUCAAAAACACCUUGUG